UAUCAUCUGCACAUGCUUUGUGGACAAUUUCUAUGCUUCCUGUUAUGCCACUUCUCAUGGUACCAGGUGGGGUUUGUAAUCAGACCACAUCUUAGAUGCUGACUCCAGCACCCAAAAUGGUGCAAAAACAGCGACAGACCUUUAUAUAUUUGCAUUUGAUGUGCAAAAAGCAAGCUAGAAAAGCCAAAAGUGACCAACUUUUUUCUUUCUUGAUCAAAUCACCAAUGGCAACAUUUCAUUGCCUGAGUUCUAGCUGUUACCAUUACAAGAAUUGCAAUACUGGUUUUGUGGACUUUAGAUUCAAAAGAAGCAGCUAUGUUGUCAGGUGUGAGAGGGGAAGUUGCUUUAAUCAAGGUUAUUCAUGUGUAGAGAGGGAUGAGAAGAGGAGGCUCAGGAUCUUGAUUGCUGGUGGGGGUAUAGGGGGAUUGGUUUUGGCUUUAGCAGCAAAACAUAGAGGAUAUGAUGUGAAGGUGUUUGAGAAGGAUUUGAGUGCAGUAAGAGGGGAGGGUAGGCACAGGGGUCCUAUUCAAUUAUUGAGUAGUGCUUUGGCAGUUUUGCAGGCUAUUGAUGGGAAUGUUGCAAAGCAAAUUAUGGAAGCUGGCUGUGUUACUGGUGACCGCAUCAAUGGCGUCGCAGAUGGCGUCUCAGGUAAAUGGUUUAUUAAAUUUAAUCUCUUGAAUCAUGCUAUGAAGAGAGGACUCCCUGUUACCUCUGUUAUAUGUAGAAUGGCAUUGCAAGACAUUUUACUCAACGGUGUUGGUUUAGACAUAGUAAGAAACAAAUCUAAAGUUGUUGACUUCAUGCAAGAUUCUAACAAGGUUACAGUGAUCCUUGAGGAUGGACAGCAUUAUGAUGGUGAUGUUUUAGUUGGGGCAGAUGGCAUAUGGUCAAAAGUUCGGUCAAAACUUUUUGGGCAGGAGGAUGCAAAAUAUUCAGAUUAUACAUGCUAUAGUGGGCUUGCAAACUUUGUCCCACCUUAUGUUGACUCUAUUGGGUAUCGGGUGUUCUUAGGAUUGAACCAGUACUUUGUUGCUUCAGAUGUUGGAAAUGGAAAGAUACAAUGGUAUGCUUUCCACAAGGAGCCUCCUAAUAACACAGAUCCUCCAAGAGGAAAGAAGAAGAGGCUGCUAAAUUUGUUUGGACAAUGGUGCAAGGAAGUAGUUGAACUAAUAUCAGAAACACAAGAGGAUAUGAUUCUGCGAAGGGACAUUUAUGAUAGAGACAUGAUCUACACCUGGGGGAUUGGAAGGGUGACUCUGCUAGGCGAUGCUGCUCAUCCGAUGCAACCAAAUCUGGGGCAAGGGGGUUGCAUGGCAAUUGAGGACUGCUACCAACUUAUUCUCGAGCUCGAUAAGUUCGUCAAGAAUGGCUUAGAUUUUCAACAGUCAAACGAAAUUUCCACCAUGCUUCGAAGGUACGAGAAGAAAAGAAUGUUCCGCGUUAAUACAGUGCAUGCAGCCAGCCGAAUGGCAUCGAAAGCGCUCACCGCUUACCGACCUUACAUGGAAUUUGGAUCUGGCUCCUUGUCUUUUAUGCUGUCGCAGUAUAAAUCAUCUCCAAAGAUAACCAAACCCUCAGUUCUUGUGGUACGUGCUUUUCUACAAAUUUUCAUGCCGCAAUUCAUGAUUUGGAUGAUGGCUGGCCAUGGAUUUUGGUGAAAGAGGAACAGAAGAAUUUGAACUCAUGCUACCUUCAAUGGCCUCACCUAUGUUUUGAAAUGAGUCCAAUUCUUAGAAAAUGCCUACUUCCAGUGAUGGGAUUUCAAGUUAAGCAGGAGCAGUAAUAACAACAGCAUUAGAAAUGUCAUAAUCACAUAGCACAUAGAAGCAGCCAUUUAUGAUCAAUAUUUA